AAAGCUAGAAAGGACUCACCUUUUUUGAGUCAAGAUCCCUGGUUAGCCAAAUGAAGAAUAAAGUGGAGUAUUUCUCCUCUAUGGCCACGAUUACAAGCUUUUAUAAGGGUUUUAAAAGGCGGUGUCUGGGAGAUUAGUGGGGAUAAAGGAAUAUUUCAGAGUGUUCAGGGGAUAAGUGUAGAUUGUAUUGCUUAUGUCAAGCUGAGCUGAUUCUUGUUAGCUUUUUAAUGUUACCCAAACAAGUCUGGUGCAGUCACAUGGUGGACAGAAAUACGUGGAGUUGCACCUGGUCACUCAUUCUUUCACUGUCAUCACCUCCUCUGGUCCAAGCAUUCGGGUACAGUGUGGUCUAAUCACCCCUGAAUGACAACAAUGGGACACGUAGAGCUGUCUUGGAAAAAAAUACCAAAAUAUGGAGUUGUUAAGCCAUCAAAAUCCUGUCUGCAGACAGAAUCAGCACACAGGGUCAGGGCCAAAGUUCUCCAAGCCAAGGGGAAGUUUCCCUCUGCUGUCACUGGACCAUUGGUGAGCCCAAAGACCCUUCCUGCACCCUGAGGGAGGGAGCUGCCAAAUAACUGACAGCUCUGGAUGGAUCUCCAAAAGCAAAAUUCCUUGGACUUUUACAGCUUCUAAGUGGCUGAGUCCUGGAUGGCCUUCAGAAUGUCUGUUCUAACUCUUGUGGCCAGCUGUCUGCCUCAGCAGGAGAGCAGGGGAGAGAGAUCAGCACUGAGCAAAAAGCCUUCAAACCAUCCUUCAGACCUAUUCCAAGAGCAGAACCACUGCAACUCCUGAGCUUGGAGACUGGAGUCCAGCUCAGCCACUCUUCCCUGGGCUCUGGAGUUAGGGGUGUUAUCAUUACACUCGCUUGCAAAAAAUCACAGGGAGCUAUUCAUAAAGCAGAAUGCAAUUAGACCAGAUGAAAAAUAAAGUCCAUUUGCAAUUUUGGAAUAUCCAAAGUAGUGGCACUUCCUGGCAGUGAUUCUGCUGCACGUGAACUGUGACCAUGCCAAGGGCAGUUGUCAUGGCCGGAUGUUUGUGAGCACCUGGAGCCUUGUCUGGAGGAGGAGGGUGGAGGGAACCUGGAAUGCAAAUUACUUCUCUGCGGAAUCAGUCUGGAGGAUAUAAAUACAGACAGGGUCAGAUCAGUCCCUAACAAAUUAUUCUCACCAAAGAACAAUGGAAUCCUAUUAUACUCUGGUUUUAAUAGCAGGAAUUCUGGUUCUUUUUGUGUUACUGGUUUUAAUUGUAACAGAUUAUAAUUCCUUCAAGGCAGAGAUUCCUCCUGAUGUUGACCAGCCAUCAAAGCUCCGUUUUUAUCACUGUAUGUACGCUCUGGUGGAAGUUCUGGCAAAGAACUUGAGCCGUCUGGGGAUCGUUGAGGAGCACACACUGCUCAGGCUGAUCACAGAUGGGCUGCCAAUGUUGGGGGAUUCCCAGCUCUGCAUCAAAGAUCUGCAUUUUGAUGGGGUGCCCGUGAGGAUUUACCUCCCCAGAGAACCAGCUGCAGGCAAACGGAGAGGGGUCGUCCUCUUCCACGGAGGCUGCGGGAUUUUCGGGAGCAUCAGAAGCCAUGAAAGAGUCUGCCGGUACAUAGCCAAAAAAUCUGAUUCAGUGGUUGUGUCUGUUGGGUACCAUUUAUCACCUGAGUACAAGUAUCCAGCCCAGACUCUGGAAUGUCUGGCAGUUACUGUGCACUUCCUGCAGACUGCACGUGCCUACGGGGUGGAUCCCGCUCGGGUUAUUGUUUGUGGGGACAGUGUAGGGGGCACAUACGCUGCCAGUGUUUGCCAGGAGCUGGUGCCCAGGACAGAUCUGCCAAAGAUCCGUGCCCAGGUGCUCAUCUCUCCCUUUCUCCAAGCCCUGAACUUCAAUCUGCCCUCUCACCACAAAAAUGCUUUCGCUGCCUUCCUGUCCCGGGAGCGCACGGUCCGCUACAUCCUCAGGUACCUGGGUAAGGAUUGCUCCCUGCAGGAACCCAUUUUGGCAGGUUCUCAUGUUCCUGAGAGCAUGAAUGUGAAAUACAGGAAAUGGAUAAACCCCGAUCUUAUCCCGGAGGAGUUCAAACUGGGCUAUAAAGCACCGCCCCCCGCUUCAUUCUUACCCCGAGUCCACGAGGAGGUCCCAGAGCUGUUUGAGUGCAGGGUUUCCCCUCUGCUGGCAGAGGAUGCUGUUGUUUGUCACCUCCCUGACACCUGUAUUGUCACCUUGGAGCACGAUGUGCUCAGGGACGAGGGGCUGCUGUUCAAGAAACGCUUGGAGGACAACAAUGUCAGAGUCACCUGGCACCACGUGGAAAAAGGCUUCCACUGCAUUAUAGGAUUUUUUGGAUAUGGCAUUUUCUCUUUUCCAUCAUCAAGUACAGUGGUGAACCACGCUGUCGACUUUAUAAAAGGCUAUUAAAAUAUUUUCUUUCACACUGCUGUGCAAAGAGAGUGUGAUUCAAUUAACUAUUUACUAGUUAUUUGUACAUUAGAAUCUAGGCAAGAAAUUCUGACGCUAGCAUGGUCUGCUCGGUUCUGAUUUUUACUGCUAUAACUUAGCAACAUCAUGUAUUUUUAUUUUUAUUCUUUAUUUUGUAAGCUUGCUUUGCUGUUCUCUUCUUGCAUUGUAAGAAUUUGUGUUCUCUUUGUGUGUCAAAGAAUAAAA